AUGCUGCCGAACCGCAAUUUCUACUCUCGUUACGCAUACCGAAGCAACCUCGUAAUGGCUAAUCAGGCAAAAAUAAACUUGCAUGGCCAGAAGCAGGCUAUCUCUCUCGGCACCCUUCUUCUCCCCUAUUCCUCUUCUAAGUGCUCCACCUCAGUUUCAUGGACUCACAAACACCGACAUCCAGUUAGUCAUGCGGCUCGUCUCUUCUGUCUCAACUUCCGCUGGCGCGGUAUCCUUCACCCCAAGGACUGGGGUCCCCUGGCGUCCUGGCUUUAUCUCGCCAGCCAGCUGGCGCAUUUUGAACCGUUAGCUCUAGCAGAACCAUCAACUGACGGAGAUGCUGACAACAAAGGAUUCAAAGCCAGCAUGGGAUUGGCUGAGGGACGGAGAGUAUCAAGAAGAAAGUCGAUUCGGGGCCAGGAUGAGCAGUCGAAAAGGCUGUCAGAACGUGGAGAGAAAGGGGUCAAACCCGAAGAGGGUGAUGAGGAGGAGGAAGGAGAAAUGUUGAAUCUGCCUUCCGAGGCAAGAUUAUCCUCUGCCCACAAUUUGACCACAUCGCCCGACGAUGAUGGAUCACCGCCAUCUUGCCGAGACAAAAGCGCCAGCCAUGACAGCGGCUCUGAUUUGGAUCAGACUAUCGAGGCAGUGGACAGUGAGUUGUGGUUGCGGCUUUAG